AGCUCGUUUGUGCUCCGGUUUGUGACUUGGCGCGGUGACGUCAGUGUGGCAGUGCGGAGUCAGGCGCGGCGGCUCCCUAUAAGCCGAGGAGCUGUCCGGGUGCUGAAACGGCCCGACCAGCUCAGCCGUUGGACCCGGAGGAACAUGCUGUGGAUGUUCUCUGCCAUCUAAAAAAGAGGAAAUCUUUCAACAUGGCAGAAGCUAAGACCCACUGGCUUGGAGCAGCCCUGUCUCUCAUUCCUUUAAUUUUCCUCAUCUCUGGGGGUGAAGCAGCUUCAUUUCAGCGAAACCAGCUGCUUCAGAAAGAACCAGACCUCAGAUUGGAAAAUGCCCAAAAGUUUCCCAGUCCUGAAAUGAUCAGGGCUUUGGAGUACAUAGAAAAGCUCCGACAACAAGCUCACAAGGAAGAAAGCAGCCCAGAUUAUAAUCCCUACCAAGGUGUCUCUUUCCCUUUUCAGCAAAAAGAAAAUGGUGAUGAAAGUCACUUGCCAGAAAGUGCAAGGGAUUCCCUGAGUGAAGAUGAGUGGAUGAGGAUAAUACUGGAAGCUUUGAGAAAGGCUGAAAAUGGGCCUCAGUCUACACCAAAUGAAAACAAGCCCUAUACCUUGAAUUCAGAGAAGAACUUUCCAAUUGACAUGCCUGAUGAUUAUGAGGCUCAACAGUGGCCAGAGAGAAAGCUCAAGCACAUGCGAUUCCCUCCUAUGUAUGAAGAGAAUUCCAGGGACAACCCCUUUAAGCGCACAAAUGAAAUAGUGGAGGAGCAAUAUACUCCUCAGAGUCUUGCUACACUGGAAUCUGUGUUCCAAGAGCUGGGGAAACUGACGGGACCAAAUAACCAGAAGCGUGAGAGGGCUGAUGAGGAGCAAAAACUUUACACAGAUGAUGACGAUGAUAUCUAUAAGGCCAAUAACAUUGCCUAUGAAGAUGUGGUUGGGGGAGAAGAUUGGAACCCAGUAGAAGAAAAAAUAGAGAGUCAAACCCAGGAAGAGGUAAAGGACAGCAAAGAGAACACCGAAAAAAAUGAACAAAUCAAUAAUGAAAUGAUGAAGCGUUCAGGGCAGCUGGGCCUCCAGGAUGAAGAUCUCCCGAAAGAGAGUAAAGAUCAACUCUCAGAUGAUGUCUCCAAAGUAAUUGCCUAUCUGAAAAGGUUAGUGAAUGCUGCAGGAAGUGGGAGGUCCCAGAAUGGAGGGCAAAAUGGGGAAAGAGCAACCAGGCUUUUUGAGAAACCACUUGAUUCUCAGUCUAUUUAUCAGCUGAUUGAAAUUUCAAGGAAUUUACAGAUACCCCCCGAAGACUUAAUUGACAUGCUCAAAAUGGGAGAGAAGCCAAAUGGAUCAGUGGAACCAGAGCAGGAACUUGAACUUCCUGUUGACCUAGAUGACAUUUCAGAGGUUGACUUAGACCGUCCAGAGAUAUUCCAAAAUAAGAUGCUCUCUAAGAAUGGCUACCCCAAAACACCUGGCCGUGCUGUGACAGAGGCCCUACCUGAUGGGCUCAGUGUUGAGGACAUUUUAAAUCUGUUAGGGGUGGAGAGUGCUGCAAAUCAAAAGCCUCCCUAUUUUCCCGGUCAGUAUAACCGAGAGAAGAUUCUGCCGAGACUCCUCUAUGGCCCUGGAGGAUCGAGAGCAAACCAGCUGUCCAAAGGGGCCUGGAUUCCAGAGGUUGAAAACAGACAAAUGGCAUAUGAAAACCUGAAUGACAAGGAUCAAGAAUUAGGAGAGUACUUGGCCAGAAUGCUAGUUAAAUACCCUGAGAUCAUGAAUUCAAACCAGGUGAAGCGGGUUCCCAGCCAGGUCUCCUCUGAAGAUGACCUACAGGAAGAGGACCAAAUAGAGCAGGCCAUCAAAGAACAUAUGAAUCCAGGCAGCUCCCAGGAGACCGAUAAACCAGCCUCGGUAAGCAAACGGCUCCCCAUGGGGCCCCCGAAGAAUGAGAAUAUCCCAAACAGACAGUACUUCGAUGAAGAUCGUUUGUUGAUGAAAGUGCUGGAAUACCUCAACCAGGAAAAGGCAGACAAGGGAAGGGAGCACAUUGCUAAGAGAGCAAUGGAAAAUAUGUAAGAGGCUUUCUUUAAAUGCCCUACUUGCACUCCUCAUACCCCAAGAAAACCCCAACAUUUCUCUUUAGUGUGUUGACUUCUAUCCUGUUAACACUGUAAUAUCUUUAAGUGAUGUACAGGCAGAUGUCUCCAUUUCAUUGGGUUGUCUGCUUCACUUACUCUGAGUUGUUCUCUUGUGUAUUGAUAUAUGUAAAUGUUAUGACUUCUGGAUAAAAAAAGUAAUUAUGCCCCUCCUUUAAGAAAGAUAUCUAUGAUAGUGUUUAAUAGUGUAUCUAAUGGUUGUGGCACUGUGGAUGCUCACAUAUGAUAAAGAGUGUCUUAUAAUCGUCUUGAUAGUUUUUAAUAUUUAUUGAAUUAUUUUGUUACUGUCUGUAGUGUUUUGUGGAGUACUGAAGCAAAAAAAAAUAAAGCAUUAUAAAUAUAUA